AGGUAACCAGAAAUUAAUCAAAAAUUUAAGCAAAACAUCAGUUUCUCUACACCCUGUACAAUUUCUUUGAUAGUCGUAUAGCUUCCAGCGAUGUCCAGACUACCUACAGGGCUUGCCCGCUUGCUCAGUCCAGGAUUGGUGCUCAACAAUGAACUGAGCCAGAAGAUAGCGGCCUUCGAGGCCAUGAACAUCCAGCGUGCGGAGCUAGAUCGCGAUAUCAGUCUGUUGCGCAAGCAGCAGGACGAUACUGAGGAUCGUCUGGCCGAGGACCUGGCUGAGGAAGAGUUCCAGAACUACCUGAGGGGACGACAAGUCAUGGAGCACAGCUAUAUAAUCAUAAAAAAUAUUUGUAAUCAACGUCUGGGAUGCAUUGUCGAAAAGUUGGCUGUUAAGUAUAGGCGUAUUUUGUACCUUGAUACCGACAUAAGGAAGAUUAAGCAAUCUAUCGAGAGUGGUAUUAUUGCGGCAAAUGAGGAGUUGACAGUCGCGGCAUCCAUGUGAUUUAAGUAUGGCCUUUCUUAGUUCUGUAGCCGUCAGUAUGAAAACCUUCCUUUCUUCUUACUACGUUAAUCUUUUACUCAAGCCAAACAUAUCUUUAGAAGACAGCAGCUAAUUAAAUUCCAACCCUGAAGCCAUACAUAAACGUAAAUCGGACCACGGUUUUCUGUGGACUCUACAUUAUAUGAUAUGAUAUGUUUUCGGAAUUAUCACCACCGCUGGCUCCCAUUGUUUGUUGCGUCAUGUAAAAUAAAUAUAUCAAAACAGUUUCACCCUGUUUGA